AUGAAUCUGAACAGGAUAUCAGCUCUGGAAUUGUCUGUCCGUGCUUAUGCAGAGAAGAGGGAUGGAAUUGUUGUGUACCCAACCAUUGCGACAAGUUUUGACUCGUUGGAUGAAGCUUAUGAAUUCUAUAAUCUGUAUUCGUGGGAGUGUGGGUUUGGUGUUAGACUUGCAAAGAGCAGAUUGAAUGUUGAAAGGAAGAGAUGCAUGCAAGAGAUUGUGUGCGCUUGUGCGGGGAAACCCUUGAGGGAAAACAGCCGCUCGACCAGGUGCGGAUGCAAUGCCAUGAUUAGGCUGCUGCGGUCGAAUGACAAGGGCUGGUAUAUAGCAGAACACAAGGAUGAUCAUAACCACCUGUUGUCGUUGACCUGUGGCCAGAAAAUGCAUUGGAAGUCGCAUAAGCAUAUAGACAGAUACACAAAAGAUCUAGUGAAACAGCUGAGAGACAACAAUGUGGGGCUGGGGAAAGUGUUCAGCAUUGUUGGAAGUUUUUUCGGGACAGUGGAUAAAGUGUCAUUUACCAAGAGGUCUUUGAAGACUCUGUGCCGAAAGUUGAAUAGAGAACAGUCUGACAUGGAUGCAGUCAAGACGAUGGCGAUUCUAGCUGAAAUGAAAGCUAACGAUCUUGACUUCAAUUACACGGUGCAAGUGGAUGGGGAGAACAGGGUAAAGACACUAAUGUGGGUAACAAGCAGAGGUUUUGACCAGUACAGGUGUUUCGGAGAUGCAAUCACAUUUGAUACAACUUACCGUACUAAUCUUUAUGACAUGCCGUUUGGGUUGUUUGUUGGUGUAAACAACCACUUCCAAAGCAUAAUUUUUGGUGGUGCCAUGAUGAGGGAUGAGAAGGAGGACACGUUCAAGUGGAUUUUUAAAGAGUUCAUCCGUAUGGUGGGCGGGAAACACCCACAGACAAUCCUAACUGAUCAAGCACGUGCGAUGGAGCUGGCUAUUGAGGCUGAACUACCAAACACAGUACACCGUUGGUGCAAGUGGCAUGUUCUGAAGAAAGCAAAGGAGUCGAUGGGUGUGCUGUGGAGCAAGAACAGUGACUUUAAGAUGGAGUUCCACAAGCUAGUCCAUCACAUGAUCACAGAGGAAGAAUUUGAAGCUGGUUGGCAGCAGAUGCUGGAAAGGUACUCCCUGAAGAAGCAUCCAUUCUUGACGCAGAUAUAUGAGGUGCGCCAUAAGUGGGCAAAGCCAUAUUUUAGAGGAGUGCUUUGUGCGAAAAUGACUAGCACACAGCGGAGCGAGAGUGCAAAUCACAUGUUGAAAGGUUACGUGCCGCCAGGGUGUCCUAUGCACCUGUUUUUGAAACAAUUUGAGAAACUCCAAUUUGACAGGGAGUCGGAGCAGAGCUUCCAAGAGAAGAGAGCAUUGCUGAGUGGUGUGUCGCUUAGAAAUAACCUGCCAUUAGAAAGGCAUGCUAGCAAGGUGUACACGAGAGCUAUGUUUGAGAAGUUCGGUGAAGAGCUGUAUAAGUGUGGUGCACAUGUAUUGGAUGAGAUUGUACCAAGGAAGGUUUACAGAUCAACACAUGUAGAUGCUGCAGCAAGAGAGAAAUGGAGUAAGGUUGAGUUCACAAUCGAAGUGGAUGAUGAAGAGAGUUUUUUCAGUUGUGAGUGCGGCAUGUUUGAACACGCUGGGUUGGUUUGUUGCCAUGCAUUGCAGGUUAUGGUCCACUUCCGCCUGUCGAAGAUACCAGAGAAGCAUAUAAUGAAACGCUGGACAAGAGAUGCAAAUGAUGUUCUCCCUGCACAUUUGGUCCGAUACCAGAAAGACAGAGGGCCUCCUUCCAGCGAUACAUUCAGACAUCACACAAUGUACACGAAGGCACUAGAGUGUGUGCUGCUUGGCGAUAGCAAUGUUAAGUGCUAUGAUGUUUUUAUGACCAUGAUGAAGGAGGUCCAAGCCACUCUGUUACCAUUAAGCGCCGAAAAGGACGGGAUGGGGCUAGCAGAAAGGGAGCAACAAAAUCAGGGAUGA